CCGGGGGAAGCGAUUAUCAGGACACGCUUCAUUAGGCGCCCGUUACCAUGGCUGCGGCUCUCGGGUGAUUGGCAGGUCAUGUGAGUCACGUUGAUGUGGUUCCGCCGGUUGUGGGACCCCUGGGGGUUAAUAUGAGGUUGGUUCUGCAGCAUCUGGAUUCUCGGGGUGAUUCCCAGGAGCGCUGAUCCACCAUGAGCGUGGGGCGAGUGCCGCUUGCGGAGAAGGCCAUGUCAGAGGGAUACGCCCGGCUGAGAUACCGCGAUACCUCGCUGCUUAUAUGGCAGCAGCAGCAGCAGAAGCUGGAGACGGCCCCCCUGGGCACUUACCUGAGCCGCAGUCAGAGCAUGUGGUACUCACAGUACGGGAACCAGUCCAUACUGGUCCGGGAUAAGAACAGCAUCUCCCGGGACACCGGACAGUCCAAGUUCUGCACGGUUAUGUGACUCGGCGUAGUGGGGGGUGUCGGCGUCACCGUAGAUUUGGCACCUCAUCAAGUACAGCC